CUAGGAAAGAGUAAGACACAUCUUAAAGAUAUCUUCAUUCCUAGAGUAACCUCCAUCAAAAAAUGACUAACAUUCGAAAUUGAGAUCUACCACGAUGCUGACUCUUUCACACAGUUCAAAUCAGGCAUUUCCAUGUGAUCUCUAGAGGUUGAAAAAAUCAAUGCGAGGUCGACAGGAAAUCCUCGCCUCCCUCGCAUGAUGUUCCUGAGUUUCAACAUGAUUAGCGGCGGCAACACACUCCAAAGGUUUGACCCUGUCGCUUGCGUUUCUUCUGUCCCUCUUCUCCUCGCACCCACCACACGACCUACUUUCCAUUUUCCUUCCCCUUUUCUCUCCAAACCCAAACCCACUUACCUCUUCACUUCUUUUUCUUCUUCUUCUUCUUCUUCUUCUUCUUCUUCUUCUUCCUUUUUCUCUUCCACCACGCCACCGCGAUCCACCAUGCUGCACCACGACCCUCUUGUCUCUGACGUCUACGCCACCGCCAUUUCCGGCGUCGUUGCCCUGUCCUUCCUCAGAUUGUUCCAAGAAACUGCAAAACGAGACCUCUUCGACCAGAAAUUAAAUAGGAAACUUGUACAUAUAAGUAUUGGGCUGAUAUUCAUGCUCUGCUGGCCGCUAUUCAGUACUGAAACUUGGGCAUCUUUCUUUGCUGCUCUCAUUCCGGGAAUCAAUAUAUUUCGGAUGCUUGUUAUUGGACUUGGAAUAUUGAAAGAUGAGGCCACAGUGAAAUCAAUGAGCAGAUUUGGAGAUUACAGGGAACUUCUUAAAGGACCACUGUAUUAUGCCGCAACUAUUACUUUGGCAGCCAUAAUAUACUGGAGAACUUCACCUAUUUCCAUUGCUGCAAUAUGUAAUCUGUGUGCAGGAGAUGGCAUGGCUGACAUUGUUGGAAGGCGACUUGGCGGUGAAAAGAUACCUUACAACAAAAACAAGUCCUUCGCUGGUUCAAUUGCAAUGGCAACUGCUGGAUUCUUAACUUCCAUUGGGUAUAUGUGGUAUUUUUCCUCAUUUGGAUUUAUUGAGGGAAGCUGGAAAUUGGUUCUAGGUUUUCUGUUAGUGUCUAUUGUGACAGCAUUUGUCGAGUCCCUGCCUAUCAGCACAGAGCUUGAUGACAACCUCACAGUUCCCCUCACUUCCAUAUUGGUGGGCAGUAUCAUUCUUUGAUAUGAAGCAUAUUGCAGUAAAACAAAUCAGACACUAGGAAUCAGUUCUCUACAUCUUUCAAUCUAGUUAGAAAAUGUUUAUUAUGCAUCUAGUUAAAGUAGUCUGUUUUGUUGGCAGAAAAAUUGACUGAUGUUUGUAGUGUAUGCUCUCGAUCAAUAUGGAAACAGAACAAUUUGCAGUCUUGUGUUCUUUCUAUUGGAUGAAUGCUCACAAUUUUUGUUCACAAUCCAGCUUUGAAUAUGUCUGAUUA